UUUAUCAUGGCUGGAUUCACGAGACAAUUUUUAUAUGUUGGUAUACUCUUAGUGGUGGAAAACUUAAUUGUACAGGGUAACGUAGUGGUCACUCUUAAUCUACUAACUUACUCAAACAACGCAAACCAAUAUCUGGACCAAGACAACGAUACCCUACACCACUGUUGUGGAACAAACACAUUAGCCAGUACCCAGAGAUGUGUGGAACCUUGUAAUCCUUCCAUAGAAGUCAACCUCAGAGUUGGAAGAAAUGGGCAAGUUUUGAAUUCUUUAAAAACUGGACGACUGGGAAAAAAUAGGCAUAUCGAGUUCAGGAAUGUGCCAACUAUUGGUGCUCUGAGAAACCCGCUGGAAGUAGAAAUCUCAAAAUGGAAUAAUAACACAUUUGUUGAGUUCCUAAUCUUUGAUGGAGGCAACAAAAAUCGUACUAUGAUACGGGACUUCUUCCAGAUAGCAUACACCAAUGUUUUGAACCAGAAUGUCACAAUACUCUACAAUUAUUUGACAAGGGUGAGUAUGAUUAUUUCUGUCCAGUGUGAUGUGGAAUUCUAUGGAGUCGACUGUUCCGGCAGAUGUUCCUCUCACGUCUCUGGGAGCCACGGCCGAUGUAAUAUGACGGGCACCAUGAUCUGUGAUGACAACUAUUUCGGACCAAAAUGUAAUAUACACUGUGUUGACACGAACAAUGGAACAUGUAAUGAUUAUGGAGAAUUAAUCUGUAACACCCAUUUCUUUGGCAAUGAGUGUUCCAGGUAUUGUGUUGACACUAGCCACGGAAACUGUACUAAUCAAGGAUAUUUACAAUGCCAGGAUGGAUAUACUGGACAAGACUGUGAAAGCAGGAUUCCCGAAUGCACGAAAGCACCAUGCGAACACGGAGGCACGUGCACGGACUUGGCAGACAAUUCAUAUAACUGUAAUUGUAGUUUAGGUUGGCAGGGAAAACGAUGCCAAGAAGACGUUAACGAAUGCCUUUUAAACGUUUGCAAAAACAAUGGGACGUGCACUAAUCUUAAUGGUACAUAUCAAUGCAGUUGUGCAAGCGGAUGGUUCGGUAUAAAUUGUGAUGCAGACAUAGAUGAAUGCUCAAACUAUCAGCCUUGUAAAAAUCAGGGUACAUGUAAUAAUGUCAAAGGUGGUUAUGAAUGUAACUGUCCCAAAAAUUGGAAGGGUAAAAACUGUACAGAUGAUGUAAAUGAAUGUCUCCUGAAUGCAUGCAAUAGUCAUGGAAACUGUUCAAAUAUCCCAGGAGCUUUUACAUGCUCCUGUCAUCCUGGAUGGAACGGGACUACUUGCAAUGUAGAUGUAGACGAGUGUACGGCGUACAGUCCCUGUCGUCAUGAAGGAUCUUGUCAGAAUAAUGUAGGAUCUUAUACCUGUCUGUGUUCCUCGAACUGGACUGGUCAAAACUGUCAAGAAGAUGUCAAUGAAUGUUUGAAGCCAAGUAUCUGCAAUGAUCAUGGUAACUGUUCAAAUACGGCAGGGAGUUUCCAGUGCGUGUGUGAUUUAGGAUACCAGGGAGAUAGGUGUCAGGCCGAUGUUAAUGAAUGCCUUGGCGGUGACUCCUGCCUGAAUGGCGGUACUUGUCAAAAUAUAUUUGGUUCCUUUUCUUGUAUAUGUCCCCCAAAUUGGACGGGUCCUAAAUGUGCCAAUGAUGUGAAUGAAUGUGAUCAAAAUAUAUGCCAUAAUAAAGGAAACUGUACAAAUCAAGUUGGCGGAUUUCUUUGUGAUUGUUUUCCUGGAUGGACUGGUGUGGACUGCGAAAUAAAUGUUGAUGAGUGUAAAAAUAAUAAUAUCUGUGGUAAUGGAGGAACAUGCGUAGAUAACAUCGGUAGCUAUCAUUGUAUCUGCCCUCCAUAUUGGACGGGUCCUGCCUGUGAGAAAGACGUAAAUGAAUGUUCAACAGGAGACUGUAAACAUGCCUCUCAGUGCGUUAACUUUCCAGGAUCCUUCAGUUGCACUUGUCAGAAAGGUUGGGUAGGAGAGGCAUGUGACAGAGACCUAAACGAGUGUACGUUUGAUAACUUUUGUUCGACGAGAAAUAGUUAUAACUGCACUAAUACUGAUGGCAGUUAUUCCUGCCACUGCAGACAAGGUUGGGGUGGUACAGCUUGCACAGAAGAUAUAAAAGAAUGCGAAAACAAUAUUCUUUCUUGUGAACAUGGUGGAACUUGCAUAGAUACGCGUGGUAGUGCUCACUGUAACUGUCCGUCUUCUUGGACGGGCAAACAUUGUGAGAAUGACGUAAAUGAAUGCAACAAUGAUGUUUGUUUUCACGGAUCAACAUGUCGUAAUUUCGUUGGUGGAUAUAACUGUACCUGUCUACGUGGAUGGAGGGGAAAGCAAUGUAAUAAUGACGUAAACGAAUGCGAAGAGAACCGGUGUAAACAUAUUAAAUCGUGUCGGAAUCUGCCGGGAUCAUUCCAGUGUGUGUGUUUAGAUGGAUGGAAAGGAGAAGAAUGCGAUGAAGAUAUAGAUGAAUGCGAAGUACAAAAAUGCUCCGGAUUCGGAAUAUGUGUUAACACUAUUGGGUCAUUUAGGUGCAACUGCCAAGAAGGACAUUCGGGAAGAACUUGUGAAAUAUUGAAUGGAAAACCUACAGUAGGGUUAAUCGGAGUGGAGAAGAUAAUGCUAGAGUUUACAGGACAUAUCACAGACCAAGAUCUUAAUAAAAUAGAAAGCUCCUUACAGGUCUUAUGUUCCUCUUUAUGUCAUGACGUCAGCGUUUUGUCAAAGGAUCAUACCUUGUCAUACAGCAACGGGAAUACGGACUUUCAAGUUCCAGUCAUUUGUGAUGGAAAACCCCUCACACGGGACCGACUAGAAACAAAAUUUAAAGAGAUGUCAAACACGCAACUGAAGGCUGCUUUUCCUUUUGAGCUAUCAAGAUUGAAAGCCAAAGAUGAUGCAAAUAAUAAGAGCUGGAUAAAACAAAAUAUUCCUAUACUUGCCGGGGCGGGAGGUGGCUUUCUCGUACUGGUUAUCAUCAUUAUUAUCGUGGUAAAACUGAAGAGAGGUAACGCCCGCCACAGUAAGGAACCUAACAUUAAAGAUCAAUACCUGACAAUGGAUGAAGCGUUUGACCAGAACUCUGGAGUCACGAAAGAGAACCCCAUGUACUUCAUUACGGACAUUGAGGAAGAUGAUGAUACGCAUGUGUAGUCAUACAAAAUGAAGAGAAACAAUGCUAAAAGAUCUGAAGUUAGAAAAGAGAAUGAAUGUCAUAAAAUGUGAGGUUUGUGAACGUAAGCGUCGAUUUGUCAUUAUAAGCCAUCGAUAGAACGUGUGGGAAUUUGAAAUGUGUGGGAAAAUCUUUAUAAUUGUGAGGAAUCGCACAAAGAGUACGUAAUGGAUUAUACUCAGCAGAGCCAUUUAUUU